AUGGACGAGCUGGACUCUUUAGAUCCCUGUAGGAGACAUAAUGGCAGAGAAAGAGCAGGAGGAAAGGUGGCGGACUUUAGGGUGGAAAGCCACCCAUCAGCCAAACUUUUGGUGCUCUUCUCUUUGCUUUCUAGUCAUCACUCAAGCAUGGCGGACGUGCCGAGUGCUGGGGCUUUUGUGCCCGCCAGCGGCGCGCCGCCAGUGGCCGGUUUGGAGCACCCACCCAGCCGUCCUCCGGGUACCGGCGCCAGUUCUGCCCUCGGCUUAGAGCGCACAAGUGGCGGGCCCGAAGCCAGCAGGGAUUCCUCCAAGGUCUCCAAGCUUGUGCACGCCGUCAAGGAGAUCACGCCUGGCACCAAGGUGCUUGCUGAGCACCGUGAGCACUACGGCACCAAUGUGGCACUUGGCGGCUAUCGUUCCCAGAAUUGA